CUCAAAUUUGUGGGCGAUCUGACUAUCAAGACUCUGACGCUGAGUCACUCUUGUUAGGUUUUUAGCCAAUUUUCGUGUAGGACCCAGUCUGAGGCCCCAUCUUACGGGCUUCAUACAUUCAUCACCGGCACGACGUUUCGACUUGCGGUACGAGCACUUCGGGUGCGCUCAGUAUCCCCAAUUCGACCCUUGACGACCACGCGAGUUACUAUGGCGACCAACACAGGACCAGGAAACCCAAUUGCGGCCGGUGAGGGCUUUGAGCAGCCUACCGGCGCUGCCCCUGCUGGCGCUGCCACUGACGCUGGCGGUGCGCCCAAGGUGAAGACCGCAAAGGAGUUGGAAAAGGAGCGAAAGAAGGCCGAGAAGCAGGCCAAGUUCGACGCCAAGAAGGCAAAGGUCACGACCGCCCCGAAACCCGCCAAGGAGAAGAAGGUCAAGGAGAAGAAGCCCGAGGAGGAGCCUCUGCCCAAGUACGUCGAAGAUACCCCCGAAGGCGAAAAGAAGCGUAUCCGAUCUUUCGACGACCCCCAUUUCAAGGCCUACAACCCCAUUGCUGUCGAGUCGGCGUGGUACAGCUGGUGGGAGAAGGAGGGUCUGUUCCAGCCCGAAUUCAAGCCCGAUGGCACUGUCAAGGAUGCGGGAAGCUUCGUCAUUGUUCACCCUCCUCCCAAUGUCACUGGUGCUCUGCACAUGGGCCACGCCCUGGGUGACUCGCUGCAGGACCUCAUGGUCCGAUGGAGCCGCAUGCACGGCAAGACGACCCUCUGGCUUCCUGGCUGCGAUCACGCCGGUAUUUCCACCCAGAGCGUUGUAGAGAAUAUGCUGUGGAGGCGCGAGGGCAAGACUCGUCACGACCUUGGCCGAGAGAAGUUCAUCGAGACCGUCUGGGAAUGGAAGGAGGUGUACCACAAGCGCAUCAACAAGGCCCUAACCAGCUUGGGAGGAUCAUUCGACUGGACCCGAGAGGCUUUCACCAUGGAUGCAAACCUCACUGCCGCUGUCACCGAGACUUGGGUCAAACUCCACGAGGAGGGCACUAUCUACCGAGCUAACCGCCUCGUCAACUGGUGCACGAAGCUCAACACUGCGCUCUCCAACCUCGAGGUCGCCAACAAGGAGCUGACCGGACGCACUCUUCUCGAGGUCCCCAAUUACGACAAGAAGGUCGAGUUCGGUGUCAUCGUCCACUUCAAGUACCCCGUUGAAGGGUCCGACGAGAUGAUCGAGGUUGCUACUACCCGUAUUGAGACCAUGCUGGGUGAUACUGGCAUUGCCGUCCAUCCCAAGGAUGAGCGAUACACGCACCUUGUAGGAAAGACCGCCAUCCACCCCUUCAUUGAGGGCCGAAGGCUUCCCAUCAUUGCCGACGAGUAUGUCGAGAUGGAGUUUGGAACUGGUGCCGUCAAGCUCACCCCCGCCCAUGACCCUAACGAUUUUACCCUUGGUCAGAAGCAUAACCUCGAGUUUAUCAACAUUCUUACUGACGACGGUCUGAUGAACGAGAACGCUGGUCCGUACAAGGGCCAGAAGCGAUUUGAUGUUCGAUACACAAUCCAGGACGACCUGAAAGCUAAGGGUCUGUACGUUGACAAGAAGGACAACGCCAUGACGGUCCCUCUGUGCGACAAGUCUAAGGACAUCAUUGAGCCCAUAAUGAAGCCUCAAUGGUGGGUCAGAAUGAAAGACCUGGCUGAGCCGGCUCUUGAGGCCGUCAGGGAUGGCAGGAUUAAGAUCCGACCCGAGUCUGCGGAGAAAGGAUACUUCCGCUGGCUUGAGGAUAUUAACGACUGGUGUAUCAGCCGACAGCUGUGGUGGGGACACCAGUGUCCUGUCUACUUCGCUAAGAUUGAGGGUGAUGCUGUAGACAUUCCCGAGGAGAAGCUCUGGUUUGCUGGUCGCACUGAGCAGGAGGCUGAGGAGAAGGCCAAGGCCGCCCUGCCUGGAAAGACGUUCACCCUUGAGCGGGAUGAAGACGUUCUUGACACCUGGUUCUCGUCUGGCCUUUGGCCUUUCAGCACUCUGGGCUGGCCUAACCAGACUCACGACUUGAAAACCCUGUACCCCACCUCCGUCCUGGAAACUGGAUGGGAUAUUCUCCCCUUCUGGGUCACCCGAAUGAUCGUGCUUGGAUUGAAGAUGACCGGCGAGAUUCCCUUCAAGGAGGUUUACUGCCACAGUCUCAUCCGUGAUUCCGAGGGCAGGAAAAUGAGCAAGAGUUUGGGCAACGUCGUUGACCCCCUAGAUGUCAUAUCUGGCAUCGAGCUGCAGGCCCUACACGACAAGCUCUCCCAAGGAAACUUGCACCCUAGCGAAGUCCAGAAGGCCACCAAGUACCAGAAGACUGCGUUCCCUGAUGGCAUUCCCCAGUGCGGUGCCGACGCUCUGCGUUUCACCAUGAUCAACGCUACCACCGGUGGAGGAGACAUUAACUUGGACGUGAGGAUCAUUCACGGAUACCGCAAGUUCUGUAACAAGAUUUUCCAAGCUACCAAGUACGUCCUGGGAAGCCUUCCCAAGGACUUCGUCCCUGCCAAGUCCGGCAUUGCCCGCGGAAAGACCCUGGCGGAGCGAUGGAUUCUGCACAAGAUGAACACCACUGCCCGAGACAUCAAUGCUGCUAUCGAGGCCCGCGAGUUCUCCAAGUCCACCCUCAUGAUUUACCGUUACUGGUACAACGAGCUGUGCGACGUCUACAUUGAGAACUCCAAGGCCAUCAUCCGUGACGGUACUGAGGAAGAGCGCCAAUCCGCUAUCCAGACUCUGUACACAGCUCUAGAGGCUGCCCUGACCAUGAUCCAUCCCUACAUGCCCUACAUCACCGAGGAGAUGUGGCAGAGAAUGCCUCGACGACCUGAGGAUAAUACCAAGUCGAUCAUGAUCGCCCAGUACCCCACUUACACCGCGGAGUUGGAUGACCCCGAGUCUGAGGCCGCUUACGAGCUUGUUCUCGGCUGCGUUAAGGCUACUCGAUCUUUGAUGGCCGAGUACGCCCUCAAGGAUGAGGUUAAUGUCAUCAUCCAGGGUUACAAUGAGACUUCCCUGACUACAAUUAAGGAGCAGGUCGCUUCCAUCAAGACCCUCAGCGGUAAGGGUAUCAAGGGCGUUGAGAUCCUCACCCCUGACGCUGCUCGACCCGCUGGUUGCGUUGCCUACCCUGUGUCCACCGACGCUGCCGUCUUCCUGCACGUCAAGGGCCUGGUCGACCUCGAUGCCGAGAUCGCCAAGGCACAGAAGAAGCUCGACAAGGCCCGGGCCAACAUCCAGAAGCAAGAGAAGAUCCUGAAAGACCCGGGUUACAUCGAGAAGGUCUCAGCCGCCGUUCAGGAGGGUGACCAAAAGAGGCUGGCGGACGCCAAGCAGGAGCUCCAGAGCUUCGAGGAGACCAUCAAGCAGUUUGAGCAGCUUAAGCUGGAGUAGGCUACCUAGAUAGUGUGCGGUUUCGGAUGGGAUCUGUAUUGCUUCUUCGCAAUCAAUGUGGAGGAAAGGUCAAAAAGACGGCCAUGAAAUAAAAAAUGACGUACACAUGUAGAUCGCGGUCAAGAAUUGAACA